AUGGGCUCGCAAAUCCUGAAAAUCUCACCAUUUGCAGCUUCUAGAACGUCUGUCGUCGUCCUCCCCACGCUCUCGAGAUUCCUGAAAGACCCAAUCAACCUCAUCCCUAAAUCCCGAAGUUGCGCAUCCAUCGCAUCCUCCGGUCACGGCAACAAAUUGUCGUGUGGUUCUCGCGGCUCGUCUCUUGAUCGGAGUAGAAGGAGCUUCCGAGGUGGAGUUGUGGCCAUGGCCGCGCCCGGGUCGGUGCAGAAGUCGGAGGAGGAAUGGCGGGCCGUGCUGUCGCCGGAGCAGUAUCCAGGCACUGGGGAAUACAACAAGUUCUAUGAGGAGGGCAUUUACAAAUGUGCGGGAUGUGGUACUCCACUGUACAAGUCGACCACUAAGUUUAACUCUGGCUGCGGAUGGCCUGCUUUUUACGAGGGUCUCCCUGGGGCCAUUAACCGAACAGCUGAUCCGGAUGGAAGGAGGGUUGAAAUCACAUGUGCAGCUUGUGGGGGCCACCUCGGCCAUGUGUUUAAAGGCGAAGGUUUUCCUACGCCCACAGACGAGCGUCAUUGUGUCAAUAGU